AUACAAAUCCGGCAUUCAUCCUGUAAAGUAUACAGACUACAGACUGCAGAACGCGCUAUUGAAUACUUUUGUCAUGUCUUGUCUUCGCUUCUCUUCCUCUGUCGUACUAUGUCGAACAAAGAAAUCGUAGCAAUGGAACGCACGUUCACUGUGUUUGGCCUGUUACCUACAGAAUUGAGAUUGAGAAUCUGGGAAUUCGCUAUUCCAGGUCCCAGAACGAUAUGCCUGAACCUCGUACCUUGUAAAGAUGAGACGAGACACAUGGCGAUAAAGGAUGAGGGGCAUGACACUUUGGAUGCACCUGAAUUGCGCGAUGGAGAGACCGCCGCGUCUGGAAGCGCAGAUCCACGUCCUACACAAGAAGACGAAUCGGACUCGGAAAGCGACUACGAGGAGUCGAUCCGCUCUCCCUUUGUGACAGAGGUCGCUUUCAGAUCAGACUGCUCUCCGCCGAGUCUGCUAUCUGUCUGCCAAGAAUCCCGCGCAGUAGCAUCAAAACACUAUAACAAAACGUUUGCCACGCCUUAUGCUCCUGGUAACACCUAUUUUGACUUCGACAGGGACACAAUCUACGUUCGUUACAACACGGUCUCCCCCAAUGGUGCCAAUUACCCUGCCUUCAUAAAAGAGAUGUUUCGAGUCCGAGAAGGGGGUUUGGCGACGAUUAGCAGGGUUGCUAUUCUGGUACGCCUGGACGAACCAUUAUCCGCUCGUGGGGGGUGCUCGCUCGAGCUAUUGGUAUCGGAUAUCUUGCUGCGAGUUUUCCCUCGCCUCGAAAAGCUCACAAUCGUGCUUGCUGAAUGGGCAGCCGACCAAGACGAUAGUUCGUCGGUCCGCUUCAUGGACCCGAUCGAGUACGAAGAAAGGAUAUUGAACAACGGAUUAUUCCCUCCCGAGCACGUGUCAGGGCAGAUGCAGGAAGAGCUCGAUUGGAAUUGUCUAUAUUAUGCAAAGAUUCGCCCCGAGGUUUUGAGUCAUAUAAUUUCGCAGAAGAUGACAGCUAGCGACAUACCUCCCCUGAUGCCGUCUAUCGAUUACAAACUUGCCUUCAAGGACUCUGAAGAAGAGUACAUUCAUUCUGUACGGGAGCGUCUGCGAAAAAUUUGGGGGAAAGGUAGGAAUUUGGAAUUCAAAAAGAAAAUGGUGAUUAUUGAAAAGCAGAUGGGCGCACCAGGGCUAUCGCUUGCUGAGGUUUUUUGAUUGUAUUGUACGCCUAUCAUGAAAGUGGGAGCAAGUCGCUGUUCUAUCAUAACACGCAGUACCAAGGGACUUUGGUUGAUAAUCACUCAUACUGCGGAUUAUUUAAUCACUUGAGACAGAAUGUUGACAGCAAGAGAUAGCUUGGCAACAGUCAACUUUGAAUCCCAUAAAGUUGGGUGCAAGAUCUUGUUGAUGAGAAGAAAGGAAGAAGCGGAGGAGGCGGCCGCUUGUAUUUAUAGACAAAGGAGAAGAGGAGAUUUCUAGAGCCCGUGAUUCACUGGUAUAUGAUUUCGGGAUUGAUAUCCGUCAUCCCAGAAUUCACUAGAUUGUACAUAAUUCCGGAAUUCUUGUCC